CGCCCUCUCCAUUCAUUACUUCAAAAUGGCCGAUCUCACGGUCCUCGUCUCCCCAAUACCCCUGUAUGCACACCAGAAAGCCGCAUCCUCCUCGGUGACUUCUCUAGUGUCCUCCAUCGUUCGUUCGUCCUCACCCUCACCCCUCGCUACUCGUCGUAAUCGUGCACCAUCCCCCAUCAUGGUCACACUUGAAUCCGCUCCGCUCCCAGAUGAGUCUGCGGCUCGCAGAGAACAAAUGAGGCGCGACAUAGCCUUGCUCAGUCCUCCUAUGAAUACCUGGAAAAGCCCGCAAAACAGGCAUCGGCCGCAGCGAUCGCAAAGUGCACCUCCCACUCAGACAUCUUUUCGACGAGAGGAGGUCGAAAUCCGGAGGACCGGAAGCCCAGUCGACGAUGCUAUCUUCCGACCGCAGCAGUUUCCGCCUGGUCUAAUACCGGACACAAGCCGCAUCAACGGGAUCGGCAGCAGGCAGACCCCGCGACGCAGUGUGACUGCCGGGCACGGUGGGUAUGCGUAUGUUGCGGAGGGCGGGAUGACGAUGCGAGGGGGCGAACUCGUGCGCCCUCCUCCCCCACUAUUGCGCCCUUCUCCGUUCUGGCGACGCGCGCACCGAUCCGCGCUGACACCACCCGCAUACGCGCCUGCUUCGCAUCUCGUGCGGAGAAGCACGUUCAUCGCAGCCGGCCUGCCGCUCGAUGCCCCGGGGCACGACGCCCGAGCGCUGUGCGUCGAAUCGAGACUCACGGGCGAGGACGGCGUCCGGAGCGGUGCCAAGAGAGUCAUAGAAGUCCCUGGGAGUGAAUGGAUGGGGCUCGGGGUUUGAUUCCACUCACGCAUCCAGGUUGGAGGGUCAGGACUCUAUUCCGACGAGAUUAUCUCUGCGCUGGCGCUUUCCUCCGGAACAUUAAGGCGCCGUCAUCGGCAGGUAAUUGGGCGUCCUCAGAUGCACUGCGGUCCGCAUUCAUCGACGAGACAUUGCAGGAGUACAGCUGCGUUGCCGAAUCUCUCACUUCGUCGCUCUCUCAAUGUAUAGCAUCAUCUCUUAGCAUAUAUGGACAUGGGUUGUUUGUGGGUCAAUUAUAAUCUCCGUUGAAAACGA